AUCCGGUCUCCCAUUGUUUGGCAAGGCCCCUCUUCGUUAUUUACAUCCCACAAGUAAUUUUCUGUUGUAAAGCAUUCUCAAUUGCCUGACAGUCACCAAUAUACUAAGCGAAUAUGGAACCAUUCCUGUGUCCAUCGUCAAUAUCAACGUCGACCCAGCUUUCACUUACAACUAAGGAAAUAGUUGGGAGGAAAGCCAAUCCCAUCCAGAUCUCAGAACACUAUACAUAUUCAUUUCCUUUACAAAAAAAUAAUAGUAAAACCCAAGAUCACAUCGUCAAUGCGGAUUUUUCUCUGCUUUACUUUUACUUCACUGGUCUAUAUGCUUCACUUGAUCGCUUACUAGAGUGCAUUCAUGAACCAUUCUUAGUCCAAAGAUACGCUUAUAAGAGGUCUUUGUGUCCCACAAAUCGGUUCCAAAUGUCAGGGGGUCAUGUCUUGAUUUGAUUUUGCACACAUAACCUUAGGUACAAAUGCAAAGCCAUACCGUCCCUCCAAUUGGUGAAUAAAACUCAUGCACAAAACCGGAAAACAUCUAGUUCACCACCGACGCUCAUCGAGGGAUCAUGUGGAUCAAUAUUAGGUUGUUCCUGUUCUUUUUAAUAGGACAGGAUGUCCACAUGAUUGAACAAAAAAAGUUCCAUUUGAAGUCCAUUUAUGUGGAGCAAAACAGCCUUGAUUUGGCAUUGGUGAAAACCUUUCUUAACGUACGGGCCGUAAGGUUGAGAAACACCCAGUUUAAAAGAUCUGCACUGGCUUGCGCUUUGAUGACAAGAGGUCUAAAGAAAUUUGCCACAAAUUACAACGACAACCAAGAGUGCAUUGUUUACGACGAGACAUUGCUGGAAGAAACAGAACACAACUCUGGGUCUUUGGUCUAUCUAUUGUACAUCCCGGAGCCAGACUACCAGUAUAUUACGGUCGAUUUUGAACAUUCGUGCCCAAAUUGGAAUUUUGUAGAAAGCGGCAUGGUUCUGGAAUAUACCUUAGAGUUGAAUCAGUGCGCUCUGAUUGAAGGCCUCAGAGGGGCCGAUGCCUUUCCCAUCAACACAAAUAUUGUCCACAACUGUGCUCAUCAAUUUUGGCAUUCGAAUGACACCAAGAUUCGGGCUAAAAUAAGUCCUGAUUUCUUUGAGCUCCACACUCAAGAUAAUUGCGACAAUGGCAACAUGACCUUCCAAGGGUUUCACAAUAUUCAAACGGACAAUGAUCCCGAGAACAAAAGUGGAAGUGCGGACGAUUUGACGUUUUGUAGUAGAGUCUCUAGCUCUAAAGUGUUGGAGGCCUUUGACAAUCCUCGGAUUGAGUUCUUCAAAUAUGGAGGAAACCUUAAUGGAAAGGGGGUCAAUUUUACCGUAUGUGCAGUGUCUAUUGCUUGAUUGAAUUCAUCUGAAAAUAAUUGCUUGCUCUCAAAUUAUUGUCUUCUUUGUCCUUAGUACUACUUUGUAUUUCUGUAGUAUUUCUUAUACUACAAUAUUUAU